AUGUGGGAGGCAGAGCUGUGUGGCAGCGGGUCAGCUGUCCUGUCCUCUUGGAUGUUGGUUUCAUCACCAGGUCUGAGUGACCAUAAGAAUGCCUGGGGUGACGAGAGGGGUGACAGGACUCGCCAUGCUAGCGCCAGCCACUCACUUGCUGUUGGCCUCCACCACGAUGGCAAGCUUUUCACCACACGACAAAAGGCCGAUUGUAGGAAGUUGUUGGGGGCGGCAUGUGAGCUGCCAGGAAGUCUCGCGUGUGCCAUCUGUGAACUCUGCCAGUCCCAGGCCAGCUCCUCUAUGUCCAGUUGUGACCACUGGCGGCAGCACACAGGCAGCGUGGUGUCUUGGGAAUGCGAGUCCACUGCCAAGGAGGUGCAUACGACAGAGGUGCGUCCACGUGGCACGGCCGCUGUCAGGACCCUGCUGGAUGACGACAAGGCCCUGCAGCGGCACUUGACUGAUAUUAGGCAUGCUGUUCUGGACCAGCUGCCCCAGGAUGAUACGGCCGAUCCAAGGUGGCAGUGCCAAGCCCAGAACAUCAUGAGGCUGAACGAGGGCUUCCGUGCCUUCUGCGAGCGUCUGGAGGAGAACUGCACAUCGCUGAGCUGCUGGCUGUGCCAAGAGCCCAUGGCGGGCGUGCAGGGCAUUUACCUCGUCGGCGAUGCCAGGGGUGUCAGAGACGCCUACAUCGAGUAUUUCUCCUGCUUCACGAAUGUUGUGGUGCUGGGCGGCUUUGAGUUCCUCUCCAGGAAGAUGAGCAGCGUCUGGAAGAAGAAUAAAGAACUGCAGAGGCUUGUGAGUGGCAUGCAAAAGUCGGAGAAUCCUGCGUCCGUCUGCCUUUACCAGCUCUUCCACGAGAAGAUCCAAGAGCAGAUCAGCCAGUAUGCGUUGGUCCUCACGCGGCUCUUUGACGACCAGGCCGAAGAGUGCCAGGAGGUGGGCAGCGCCCUGAAGGAGCUGGUUGGACUGCAGCACUACGUCAGCCAGGUCCUGGACGAAGCCAACUCGACCAAGAGGAUGUGGCAGACUGUGGGGCAGAAGUUGACGGAUUUGUUCCGCACACCUGCCCGCAGACUUCGAGAGGACAGUAAAAACGUGCCAAUCUCGGCAUUCCUGGGGCGGUCUGCGUACGACCGAGUCCUGCUCUUUGAUGACCUGCUCCUGCUGCUUCAGGGCUCCGAUGUGCGCAGCUACAACUUGACAACACUGUGGGCCAAAGCCAUCGUGGAGGAGACUUGUGACAGGAGAUGCAUCAGGGUCACCAGUCCUGAAGACGACUUGAUUCUGGUAGCAGAAAGAGCCGAGAAUGAGGUGGUGUGGCAGUGGAAGCUGGACCAAGCAAUCCGCCAGUGUCUCAGCGGGCACCGGGACUUCCCUUUGUGGGGCAAAGAAACAGACAACAGGAAGCAGUCAUUGGCAUCUCGGUUUGCUGAGUACACAUUCAGAAAUGAAGGCCGCUUUAAGAACGCCACAUACCAAGGCCAGUGGACCUAUGGCAGACUACACGGCAAAGGAACUUUAAGCUGGGAGGAUGGGCGAAACUACACUGGGGACUUUAAGGACCACCAGGAGCACGGGUUCGGCGUCUUUGUCAAUCCCUGCCACGGAGGCGAGGCACACGACUGUUACAAGUGUCACUGGAAGAGGGGACAAAUGCAGGGCUACGGGAUCUGCGAGUAUGGCAACAACUUGACCUACAGGGGCUACUUCCUGGACAAUGCCCGCCAUGGCUUUGGAGUUCUGGAGAAGUCCAGAGGUGAAAAGGCCACCUUCAGAUACGUGGGUCACUGGGAGAAUAACAAGAAGAGCGGCUACGGGGUCCUGGAGGACUACGACAGUGGGCAGCGCUACAUCGGCAUGUGGCAGGACGACCAGCGGCACGGCCACGGAGUCGUCGUCACCCAGUCGGGCCUCUGCUACCAGGGCUGCUUCGUCAACGACAAGCUGACCGGAGUCGGGACUCUGCUGUCGGACGACGAUUCUGCGUUUGAAGGCGAAUUCACCGAGGAGCUGCAGCUGAGGGGCAAGGGCAAGAUGGUCCUGCCCAACGGCUACAGCAUCGAGGGGGUCUUCAGCAGCACCUUUGGCGAUGGCCUGCAGACCACUGGAGUCCUGAUGACCGCCGACAGUGACAGGAGUGCCAAAGACGUGCAGCAUCUCCAGCUGGGCAUCGGCACGUUGGCCACAGAGGUGAGGUGGGUGGGCAUCUAUGGCCCGCUUGAAGAGUACCUGCGGUCCGGCUCGGACGAUCUCUCUGAGGAGGUCUUCCUCGGCUUUCACGUCGAAAGCAGCAGAGCGAUGAAGAAGCAGCUGAGGGGGUCACCUGAGGGCACAGGGUCGGAGGAGUACCUCGUCUUCAGCGGAGACAGAAGGAACAGUAGAGACGUGCCGGUGAAAAACUCGGAUUUCAUGCUGGACCUCCAACAAGUGACCGAGGGGGAGCAGCUGACAGUUUAUUUGGAAAAGGCCUUCCAGUCAUCAGCGCACCCUUUGGGCAAACUCAUGAGAUUCCUGACUAUGGCGUUCCAGGCCACCUACUCUGGAAUGGGCGCAAAUAAGCACCUACUGGGAAUGGCGCAGGAGGAGGUCAAGGGCCAUGCCACCAAGAUCUUUCAUAUUGUCAGGUCCCAUCUGUCCGAGUCGUUUGUGACGGCAGCUGAAGACAAAGACACGGGAAGUGGCCUCAGCUCCUAUGCCCUCGUCCUGCCACUCAUCUUGCCCCACUUCUGCCCCGAGCUCUUCAUGCUGUACAUGCUGAACCACGAGAGGGACAACGGCCUGUACUGGCAGGGCAUCGUCCACCUGGGCCUGCUGUCCGACACAAAGCUCCUCGAGUUCCUUGAUGUGCAAAAGCAUCUGUGGCCGCUGACCGAUCUUCAUCUCACAGCCAGCAAGAGAUACUCCCUGGUGAAGGACCAGUGCUUCCUGUCAGCAAUCAAGUGUCUUCAGAACAUCAGCAUGACGGCCAAUCCCCAGCAGAAGCUGACCACCCUGCUCAGGACACUGGAGGAGAUCGAGAAGAGCGUGGCGUGGGUGCUGAGCCGAGACUACAAGCUGCCCAUGGAUGACCUGCUGCCGCUGCUCGUUUACGUGGUGUCCCGGGCCAAGAUUCAGCAUUUGGGUGCAGAGAUCCACCUGAUCCGAGACAUGAUGGACCCCAGCGGCACCGGGGGGCUCUACGACUUCCUGCUCACGGCACUUGAGUCCUGCUACGAACACAUCCAGAAGGACGAGAUUCGACGCGGCCGUGUGCCGGACUGAGGGGGCCGCACAGUCCUCUCUGUAAAUGACUUCAAAUGGCCUUCGUCUGACAUGUAAAAUAGAGUUUUAUUCUGGGA